GCUUUUGUCUCUUCAAAUCCUCUUAUAAGUUAAUUCAAAGGUGUGUGUUUCUGUGUGUGUGUGAGAGGGAGAAAGAGAGGGAGAGGGAGGGAGAGGGAGAGGGACAAAAGAAUUCUAUUUAGAUGGCAAGAGGAAUAGGGCUCGGAGCUCCAUUAUCAAAGAUUGCAGUCUCAAAGGCCCAUGGAGAGGAUUCCCCAUACUUUGCUGGCUGGAAAGCUUAUGACGAAGACCCUUAUGAUCCUGUUGCAAAUCCCACAGGAGUCAUUCAGAUGGGAUUGGCUGAAAAUCAGGUCUCAUUUGAUUUGCUAGAGGAUUACCUUGAGCAGCACCCUGAGACAGCAAGUUGGAGCUCUGGAAUCUCUGGUUUCAAAGAAAAUGCCUUAUUCCAGGACUAUCAUGGCCUCCAAAGUUUCAGAAAGGCAAUGGCAAGCUUCAUGGAACAAAUAAGAGGCAAACGUGUCAAAUUCAACCCUGAUCGAAUGGUUCUGACCGCCGGCGCCACCGCCGCCAACGAGCUCCUUACCUUCAUCUUAGCUGACCCCGGCGAUGCCGUCCUUGUGCCCACCCCAUACUACCCUGGGUUCGACCGAGACCUCCAAUGGAGAACAGGAGUCAAGAUCUUCCCCGUCCAUUGCCACAGCUCUAAUGGCUUCCAACUCACACUCCACUCCCUCCAAUCUGCUUACUCCAUCGCCGAAGCGUCCAACCUCCGUGUCAAAGCUCUCCUAAUCACCAACCCAUCCAACCCAUUAGGCACCACCAUGCCCCGCUCCCUCCUGGAAGACAUACUCAACUUCAUAUCACAAAAAAACAUCCAUUUAAUCUCCGAUGAAAUCUACUCCGGAUCCGUCUUCUCCUCGCCGGAAUUCAUAAGCGUGGCCGAAGUCGUCGAAACCCGCCAGCACAAAAACUGUGAUGGAGUCCAUAUCGUGUACAGUUUAUCCAAAGACCUUGGUUUGCCCGGCUUCAGAGUUGGGACUAUUUACUCUUACAAUGAUAGAGUCGUGACCACUGCUAGAAGAAUGUCAAGUUUCAGCCUUGUUUCUUCACAGACGCAGAAGAUGUUGGCUUCUAUGUUAUCAGAUGAGGAGUUUACAGUAAAAUAUAUUAAGACAAACAGGGAGAGAUUGAGGAGAAGACAUGGUUACAUUGUUGAGGGACUGAAGGAUGCAGGGAUAGAGUGUUUGGAAGGGAAUGCUGGGCUGUUUUGUUGGAUGAAUUUGACGCAGAUGCUUGAGGAGAAAUCAAUGGAGGGGGAGCUGAGGCUAUGGAAGAUGAUUUUGAGUGAAGUGAAGCUUAAUGUGUCGCCUGGGAGUUCAUGUUACUGUGCAGAGCCGGGGUGGUUCAGGGUUUGUUUUGCAAAUAUGACUGAGGAGACGCUGGAAGUUGCGUUGAGGAGGACGAAGGUUUUUGUUGAGAAGAUUAAGGGGAGGAAGACAAAUGUGAUUUUUCGGAGCUAAGACUUUAUAUACAUUUGUGCUGGUCAUUCUUUUUGGGUGUUGAUUAAUUAACACAGAAUGAAUCAUUGCAAGGGAAAUGGAUGGUUCUCAAAAUACUGGCAGGGAACGAAGCCUCGUUUGAGGAUUUUGAUACAUG